CAUAAGUGUUACGUAACAUAACAUUCCCUUGCUGUUCCCCUGUUUUUCUUUUUCCAGUUUCCUGCACUCCUCUCCCAAAUAACGUGCAGGAUCAAACAGUGGACCUUUUGAAAUAUCUUCAUCAUGAUUUUUCAAGCGAUUUUUGAUUGCAUGGACUUUACUGGUUGGCUCUUGUUUGGUUUUGUAUUGUUACUUUUGACUGAUGUGGUAAGAAACUGGAGGCCUCACAACUUCCCACCUGGACCCUGGGCUGUGCCUUUUCUAGGAAAUGUCUUCACUGGAGUUGACUUCAAAACAAUGGAGAAGCUUGCUCAGGAGUACGGCCCCGUGUUUAGCUUGAGGAGAGGCAGCGAGAGGAUGGUGUUUAUUUCAGGAUACAAGAUGGUCAAAGAAGCUCUUGUCAACCAGCUGGACAGCUUUGUUGACCGACCUGUCGUUCCUCUCUUCCAUGUUGUCUUCAAGGGCCUUGGCAUAGCUUUGAGCAAUGGUUACCUGUGGAAGAAACAGAGGAAGUUUACCAACACUCACCUGCGUUACUUUGGAGAGGGCCAGAAGUCGCUGGAAAAAUAUAUUGAAGUGGAAAGCAACAUUCUUUGUGAAGCUUUCCAAGAGGAACAAGGAAGACAAUUCAACCCCCACUACACCAUAACCAAUGCAGUGAGUAACAUCAUCUCCUCUGUGGUCUUUGGACAUCGCUUUGAAUACAGUGAUCAAAACUUUCGCAAGGUUCUGGAGUUGGACAAUGAGGCCGUUUUGCUCGCUGGCUCUCCCCAAACACAGCUGUAUGAUGCCUUCCCUGGCUUGCUGAAGUACCUGCCAGGACCUCACCAGACUUUCCACAGCAACUACAAAGAGAUCGUGAUGUUCCUGAGGAAGGAAAUAGAGAAACACCAGGAGGAGUGGAACGCCAAUGACCCUCGUGAUUAUGUCGACGUUUACCUGGCGGAGAUGGAGAAGAAAAAAGAGGAUCCUUCGGCUGGCUUCAACAUUGAAACCCUGCUGAUUUGCACCCUCGACCUGAUCGAGGCCGGGACAGAAACAGCUGCCACCACUUUACGCUGGGCGCUCCUUUACAUGAUACACUACCCAGAGAUACAGAAGAAAGUCCAGGAAGAGAUAGACCGAGUGAUCGGACAAUCUCGCCACCCCACCAUGGCCGAUAGGCCCAACCUGCCCUACACUGACGCUGUCAUCCAUGAGGUCCAGAGGAUGGGAAAUAUUGUUCCGCUGGGAUUCCCCAAAAUGGCCAGCAAAGACGCUACACUGGGAGGAUACUUCAUACCCAAAGGCACAGCUAUUGUGACAAUACUAGCAUCUGUGUUGCUUGAUAAGAAUGAAUGGGCGACUCCAGAUAACUUCAAUCCUGAGCAUUUCUUGGACUCAGAGGGUCAGUUCCGAAGGAGAAACGCUUUCUUGCCAUUUUCAGCGGGUAAACGUGUGUGUUUAGGGGAGCACCUGGCCAAAAUGGAGCUGUUCCUUUUCUUUGCAUCCCUCCUCCAGCGCUUCACCUUCUCUCCCGCUCCUGGAGAGAUGCCCAGCUUGGAGGGUGUGCUGGGCUUCACCCAUUCCCCAGAGGAGUUCAAGAUGCUAGCCAUACCUCGCUGAUGUUCUCCACUCUAAACAAAAAGCAAGCAUCGCUGAGCAGGAUCAAUAUAUUCUUCUUCAAGACCAAAAAAAUCAAAGUGGAACUUGGAAAACAUUUUGCCCCCAGAUGUAAAUAAAACCCAAUUACCUUCAAUGUGGUUUUAAGACUGUGUUGUUGUGCACAAUAAAAACUAAUUAUCAUUUUACCCAAA